AUGUAUUUCAAGUUGGGUCUAAUUUGGCCAAUUAUUUGCGUUAUUUUUCUCUCCAAUUGCUUAUCAGUCAGUGCCACUAACACCCAAACUUACAUUGUCCAUGUACAGAAUGAUUUGAAGCCAGAGGAGUUCUCUAGUGUUGGAGAAUGGUACACUACCAGCCUCAUCAAACAAGCUAAACCCACUGACUUUCUCUAUGUUUACAAGUCAGUUUUCCAUGGCUUUUCAGCAAGAUUAACCCCACAACAAGUCCAGAAACUUGAACAAAGUCCAGAAGUUCUUGGAAUCUUCCCUGACACCGUUUACCAACUUCACACAACACGAUCGCCUCUGUUUCUUGGACUCACAACGACCACAGGUGCACCCAAUAUUCUUCUUCAAGCAUCUGAUUAUGGAUCAAAUGUCAUAAUUGGAAUGUUUGACAGUGGCAUUUGGCCUGAAAGACCAAGUUUCAGUGAUGAAGGUCUCGGGCCAAUUCCUUCUCGAUGGAGAGGAGUGUGUGAAGAAGGCGAGAGAUUUCCUGUAAAUUUGUGUAACAAAAAGCUGAUUGGGGCGAGAUACUUCACUUUCGGCUACUUCGCUAGCCUCCCCAUGUUCAACAACACUAUAAAAUCAGCAAGGGAUUUGGAUUCUCAUGGGACCCACACUUCUUCCAUUGCCGCCGGACGGUCCAUCAAGAACGCGUCGUUUCUCAGUUUCGCGAAGGGGGAUGCGGCUGGGAUGGCACCAAAUGCGAGAAUUGCCGUCUACAAAGUUUGUUGGCCCCACGGAUGCUAUAGCUCCGAUGUUCUCGCAGGUUUCGAUAAGGCGGUUGAGGACGGCGUCGACGUCAUCUCGAUGUCGUUUGGUUCUGAUUCUGGUCCCGGUGAUCAAUACGCGGUUACCAUAGGAGCAUUUAGUGCUAUGGAGAGAGGCAUUGUGGUUUCCGCUUCCGCUGGAAAUUCGGGUCCCGGACCCGAAUCCGUGCAAAAUGUAGCGCCAUGGAUCAUCACCAUUGGUGCUAGUACGAUCGAUAGAAGUUUUCCCAGUGACCUAGUGUUCGAUGAUGGUACUGUAGUCGCGGGAUCUUCACUCUACGACGGCAACGUUUCGGUUACUAAAUUGCCAGUGAUUCAUGCUCGAGAUGCUACAAAGUCAGUGAGUAAUUGCUUCGUGGAUUCCUUAAUCGAGGAUCUCGUGCGCGGCAAAAUUGUUGUGUGUAGCGGCGGCGGAAAUUCUGUCGGCGAAAAGGAGAUGGAGGUCAAGCGCGCCGGCGGCGCCGGAAUCGUGGUUCUUGGAGGUUCACCGGAUUAUGCGUUCCUAACCCCUGGAUUGUUCGUCACAAACACCCAAGCCCAGGAGGCUUUGCUACGCUACAUGUACGAGAAUUCUUCUCGUAUUCUACGUGGGACCAUGGUUUUUCGUGGGACCCAAAUAGGUGUAAAGCCAGCGCCUAUGGUUGCUGAUUUUUCAUCUCGUGGGCCCAGUUCUGUGUCAAUGUACGUGAUGAAGCCAGAUGUCAUAGCUCCAGGUGUCGAGAUCUUAGGUGCUUGGCCUGAUGAGAUUUCACCGACAAAGUUGCCACUUGAUCCUAGACGCACGGAAUUUUCCAUAGUAUCUGGUACGUCAAUGGCAUGCCCACACGUGUCAGGUAUUGCAGUAUUACUCAAAGGGGCCCACCCGAAUUGGUCUCCCGCUAUGAUCAAAUCAGCUCUAAUGACCACCGCUUACGGUCUUGAUCAAGACGGACAUCCUUUGGUUGACAAUCUGAGCUACAAAGCUACCGAUCCGCUGUCCACUGGAGCUGGACACGUGGACCCUGAAAGAGCCAAUGAUCCUGGUUUGGUGUACGAUAUUGCGGUGGAUGACUACUUGGAUUUUGUCUGUGCAUCCAAUUUAUCUUCUAUACAAAUAACAUCAAUCACUCGAAGGCCAGUGAAUUGUAGUCGGGCCCAGAAUCUCAAACCAUGGGACCUGAAUUACCCUGCGGUUUCUGUUGUUUUUGGCGCACCAGGAUCGUCAAGGACAGAGGUUUUUGUUAGAAGAACAGUGACGCAUGUUUCUGAUGGUCCAGCUGCUUAUACAGCGACCAUAAGAGACCCUGAGGCAGUCACGAUCACCGUUGAUCCUCCAAAGUUGGUGUUCAGCAAAAUCUACGAGAGGCAAAGCUACGUGCUUCGAAUUCUAGCAAGUGAAGCCGUGCCAGUUGGAGUCAUUCGGACCGAGUUUGGUCAAGUUACAUGGACAGAUGGCAAACACCAAGUCACUUCACCUAUAUUACUGAAUUGGUGA